AUGGCGUUCGAUCCCAAACUCCCCAUCGAGGUCUACCUCGCCCUCUGCGUCCAGCGAGACGAGAACGCGCCUCACUGGAUGUUGUUGCUCCGCAGCGAGGGCUCCAUGGCCAGCACCUGGUACCACUCCACAGGCGGACCAACCCAGCGCACCGAUUACAAAGUCAGCAUCGAGGCAGGCAAGCGUUUCAACAGCCGCGGCAUCGCCUCGACCGAGAAACUCGGCACCAUCACCCCCGCCGACGUCAACAAGGUCAAAGCCGCCGCCCAACGCAUCGUGCCCCAACAAUGCCAAACCUACGUCGUGUCCGUUGUCGCCGAACUGGAGAACAAAGGCCUCCUCCUCCCCGGGAAUGCCGCACGUCUCAACCAGAACGUGCGCAUGGGCAAAGCGGCUUCGGAUUAUCGUGCUAAAAACCCCGUGCCCCCACCAGCCAUCCAGGGUGCUGCUGGUCCUUCGACUCCUCCUCGCGGCGAAUCACCCGCCCCGCAACAGCUGGGACGUUCCCGCACCCCGAGUCCGGCCCCAAGGAAGACGCCCAGCCCUCCGCCGAAGAAGACGUCCAGCCCUCUCAAAAAGUGA